CAGAUCCAAGGACGUGCAACCUGCUCUCUGUUUGAUUGCAACACACUUUGACAGCGGGCUCUUCAGCAUCUAAAGAUGACUCUGAUAAUGAAAAGCUGUUUCGUCUCACUGACCAUCCUGUUACUUUGGCAAGUGGCAGAUGUGGCAGAAGCCUGCAAGUGUCUCCCUGUCAAUCUUCAGGAGGCUUUCUGCAACUCAGAUGUUGUUUUCAGCGCAAGCGUCACUGGAAAUUGGACAUUUGAAAAUGGGAAAGACACCUUCGGAAACUCAUCCAAGUACAUCGAAUAUGACGUCCAAGUGAUUAAGGUGUACAAAGGCCUUAAUUUCACUGUUCAUGAAAUCUACACCUCUUCCUCCUCUGCAUCUUGUGGCGUCACUCUGGACACUGCAGACACAUUGUAUCUCAUCACAGGCAAACUGCAAGAUGGGAAAGUGCAUAUCUCACUGUGUGACUUCAUUGAGCUGGAUUAUGACUUGAGCAUCUCCCAGAGGCUGAAACUGUUUCAGUGUGAAACAUUUGGCUGUGGCUGCUAGAUGAACACCUACUUCUCCUUCCCCUGCAUUAUCAGCAGCCCAGCAGAAUACACUGACUGGAUGACUGGAGAUACUGUGCAAG